AUGAUCCGAGGAGUCCAAUCUGCUCUUGCCGUCCGGCGGCAGCGCAGCCUGCGUGUCCAGCCACCUGGGCGCAGAGGGUCUGCGGUCAACAGCACUUCGUCAUUGGCGGGGUCGGACCGGCGGGCCAGCAUCCUGUCCACCAAGGUGUCCAACUCGUCGGUGACCAUGUUCCACAUCGGCAUAGUGUUCAUAGUGUUGGGCACCAUCCUCAUCAUCACCAGCCUGAUCCCGGGUCACGUGCGGACUGACCAGUGGGAUGACCUGUUUGGCACAGGCUGCUUCCUCUUCCUCAUUGGUGGGCUUCUGGGUCUCAUCAACCGAAUGAUUGCCAAGGACGAGGACGAGAAGCUCAACUCAUUUGUCCAACGCAAACUGGCACGCUCCAAAUCAGGCCUUCCAGCACACGACGACGACGACCUGGAAGGCGGCAGGCACCACCAUCACCAGCACCAACGGCGCCAGCUGCACCUGCAGCACCACAAUAACCAGCACCGCGCACACCACCACAAGCAAAAGUCCAAGCCUUCAAAGUCCGCCACCAACACCACAACCACCGCCAACAACGGUACCCCCAGACCUGGAGGCGAAGAACCAGCAGGUGCAGGUGCAGUUGGCAACACUCACCUCCCCUGCAACGGAUCCAGUCCCGUCCAGUCCUUGGACCCCAUCGUCGAAGAACAACAGCAGAUUCGCAACGUUAUCAUAGAUGGCGCUCCUCGUGCGGAACAAGUCAGCGACGAUGUCGUCGGCGUCCACCAGGUGCGCAUAGAAGAUCAUCAACGCGCUUCUGCUGAUGGGGAAGCAGCAGNUCUGACUGGCCUUCCAGCACACGACGACGACGACCUGGAAGGCGGCAGGCACCAUCAUCACCAGCACCAACGGCGCCAGCUGCACCUGCAGCACCACAACCAGCACCGCGCACACCACCACAAGCAAAAGUCCAAGCCUUCAAAGUCCGCCACCAGCACCACAACCACCACCAACAACGGUACCCCCAGGCCUGGUGGCGAAGAAGCAGCAGGUGCAGGUGCAGUUGGCAACACUCACCUCCCCUGCAACGGAUCCAGUCCCGUCCAGUCCUUGGACCCCAUCGUCGAAGAACAGCAGCAGAUUCGCAACGUUAUCAUAGAUGGCGCUCCUCGUGCGGAACAAGUCAGCGACGAUGUCGUCGGCGUCCACCAGGUGCGCAUAGAAGAUCAUCAACGCGCUUCUGCUGAUGGGGAAGCAGCAGCAUCAGGAGAAGAACCGUCAUCAGGACAAUCUGAGCCGCCAUCAGCGAAAGCUGGAGAAAAAGAAGAAGACGCCAUCGUGGCGCAAGAGGAUUUAACUCAGGAGCAGGAGGAAGAUGAAACGGCGCCUCUGAAUAACAAGACUUCCAAAAUUUACUAA